AUGCAGGACAUCUUUCACCAGUUGGCAGCAGAUUAUCCACACGUGGCACUCUCUGUCAUAACGAGUCAGCAGGAUGCCAUGCAGAUCAAGAUCUACAACGCGGUCUGCAUGGCGAAUAUGAUGACGGAACGGGACAGCGCUGCAGAGUGGGAGUCGAAACUCAUGGCCACGCUGGAGUCCUACAACAAACAUCCCGGCUUUGUAGUGUACCUGAUGUCCGGCAACUCCGAUUACUUCUUACCCGUGAAGGAGCUCUUCACGACAGAUCUGCGUGGCAAGCAUGGCUUGCCUUCUUAUGGCCUCAAGCUCGUGCAGUGGCUGGAAAGCUUUCCAGUCUUCGCUGGACAAAGCAUUUCCAGCGAAUGCAGCGCCUGUGCGCCUGUCCUAGGUUCCAAGACCUUCACUGCUCCGACGGCCAGGCUUCAGCAAGAAUCGCUUGUGGCAGUCAAGCCCCGGGAUCUCCCCAAGGAGAGCAAAGAUGAUGUCGAGCUUUUGCCCAGCAUUCGCGUCGAGCCGUCGCUGGAAUAUCCGUGGUGGUCAUACCUCUACUAUGCGGCGUUGCUCAUAACCGCCGCCCUGCUGUCUCUAGGAGCGGCGCAGGAGUGGUGCCAUCGGUCAAGCUUCCAAAGUGAGGAAUCCAGCCAGGGGCUUGCUUCAACGGUCGCUGGAGGACAUCCUUGGCGGACAGCGCAAGAAGGUGGUGGUUGGGACAACAAGCCAGUGCUGGAUGCCGCACCUCACGCAGCCAAGGUGUCAAAGUACAUCACCCCCUCACAGAUGGUGGUGGUGAGCACCAAGGUCGGUGAUCUUGUCACCUGCAUCCGUGCUUCGACAAUUGACAGCGAGGCCUUGAUGAAGGAAGUGACGGAAGAGGAGAUGACUGAAUUCUUCAUUUAUGCACGAGAGGUGAACUCGGCAAUGGCAGAGUUUCGCACGCGGAACACCGGGCAUGUGUGCAGGCUGAUCUCUGCAAACGAUUUGACGGGCGUCUCCAAGUUUCCUGAUCAGUCCUUCCAGAACGCAUUGACUGGCUCUGCGAAGCGGGCUGUGACUCUGUACCCUGGCUACUCCGGCCCUACCGUUUUGCUGAACCUCCCGUGGCUGGCCCGCAUGUUGGUAUCCAUCCUCACGCCGCUUUUUCCUGGAGCAGUGCGUGAGAAGAUAAAGUUCGCCAGGGGUCCUAUGGCUUACAUGAAGGACUUGGAGGACGUGAUCAAAGAGCCCACCAGGGGUAUGUUCGUCGAUGACUUGCAGGCUGUGUUGAACUCCUGA